UGACGGACGGAGCAGGCAAAACGGCACAAUAAACCACACAGUGAGCGGCGCGGUCAGCGGCUGCGUGGAUCAAUCAAUCACGAGCGCUUGCGCCUGCGCUGGUUGCCCCAUUACGAGGAUACUUCUGCGCUUGCUAUGCCGUGUGGCGCGCUUCUCCGCCCGCAAAGCCGCGCUGGGAGCGCUUCCUUGGGACACUGGACACUGCUGUGGAGCGAGGCAUCGCGCGUGCUGGGACUGGAGUUGGGCCGAGGUGGGCUCUGGGCUGAGCGCGGACGCGACUGCCUGGCCUGCGGCGGCAUCGGCGCCGGAAAACGAUGUCCUCGUGGAAAGAACACAGGUACCUACCUAAUGGUCUGGCAUGCCGCCAGGACGUCUGGAAAACACCUCUCACCAGCAAGCACAUGGCGCGCUCCUUCGCCGCGGCCAAGGGCACAAAAAGAGAAGACGUGUAAGAAGUCGAGAGAUGCCAUUGUACUACCACCAACAACAUGUAAGAUAGAUUAAUACGAUAGUUCCGACCUCUUUCCGCAACGGAGUCACGCCCCCGUAG